GAGAGACCAUGUACGAGAUGCAUUAAACGUAAUAUCGGCCAUCUUUGCCACGACGAGCCUCGAGAUGCCGACUCCAAGAAAAACAAGAACGCCACCCAGGGCGCACCAUCCGUUGCUGCUUCAACCAUUGAAGACUCGCAGGACGCCCGGUCUGACGUCGGUCGUAGCUCUGUUUCGAGCACCAUGGGCCCGCCACCUGUGUUCGAUGGUACCGGCCGGCCACGAGCUUCGUCGGGCUUUGGCGCUGGGCUGCUCGGCCAGAGGAACACGCUGCCGCUUGUGCAACAAGCCGCUGCUGCAGCAGCUGCAGCAGGGCUCCAAGGUAAUUCGCUGGGAACGAGCGCCACAGGAAAUGCGAACCAAUUCGCAGGAUUCUCAGACGCCUGGAUGACCGCGCAGAACUUCCAGGACAUGAACAACUACAACCCCAACUACAUGAUUGCCCCCGAGGUCUCGCACGAGUUCAAUCUAUUAAACGACUUUUUGCAUACCAGUCUCCUUGACGAUACCGGCGUGGCGCCGGAUGAUACCUCGCAGAACCAAGCCUUUGUGCGAGCCAUGAAACAAGAAAUGCUUUCUGGCUUUGGAGCUGGCGGCCUGGCUGGAGGGGCAGGCCAGGCUGCCAACGUGCCUCCCGGGGCCAUGAUGCCACCCCCGAACCUAGAUGGCAGCUCUGGUCCCCUUCCCGGCAACGCUAUGCAGAUCGACAAGGACAAGACACGCGAAUACUACCUCCAGGCUGCGGAUCCAUCUGGGAGCGACAACCCGGAAGAACGCAUGCUUCGUGUGCUCAAGGCGAAGUACGAUGCAGGCCUCCUCAAGCCGUUCAAUUACAUUAACGGGUAUGCGCGACUUGGCAAGUAUCUCGACGGCCACAUUGCCGCCUCUUCCAAGCAGAAGAUUCUGAGAACAAUCAACCAAUUCCGUCCUAAGUUCAGAGAGAAGGCCCAAGGCUUGACGGACAUCCAGCUUGUCUACGUCGAGAUGUGGUUCGAGAGGCAAUUGAUGGACUACGACCGCGUCUUUGCCAGUAUGGCAGUGCCCGCGUGCUGUUGGCGGAGAACUGGCGAGAUCUUCCGCGGGAACAAGGAGAUGGCUGAACUUAUCCAUGUUCCCGUCAACCAAUUACGAGAUGGCAACAUUGCGCUGCAUGAAAUUCUCACAGAAGAAUCCAUGGUGCGGUACUGGGAGGAGUUUGGAACCAUCGCUUUCGAUCCUGCACAUGACACCCUCCUGACAGCGUGUUCAUUAAAACACCCAAGUGAUACAUCCGAUCACCCAGUUAUAAAAUGCUGCUUCUCGUUUACCAUUCGAAAAGAUGACCAUAAAUUUCGUUGCAACCCGAGAGCUUGGCUUCUCCUGCGAAUAUCCUCAAACACUACCAAGGCCAUGGGUAGAUUCGACCAGGCCGCCGGGCGUGAAAAGCGUGAUAAGAAACUCCAGCCUGUCAUUGGUACCGCCCUCCCUGGAACUCGCAAAAACCCUUGCGUAUUGUUAACGGCGAAGUUUGUAGAUUUCGCAAGACACGUCCACUCCAACCUCGGCCACCCACAAACGUCCAUCUCCGGUAUCAACCUCCAGUCCGAAAUCAAUCAUCAGAUCAGUAUCGUCACCGAGUUGUCCCAUAAAUCGCCACUCGGGAUCUCGCCGCGCAUAGCGAAAGAAUUGGAGAGAAACGGCAAAGACCUCUGGAAUCUAUGUAUUCGAUUGAGGAGGGAUAAUGCUCAGGGCCCCGGGGUAUCUCUCCUUCUUCUCCGGGCGCGCGUCUUCUCGUUCCAUCUUCUUGAGCUGGGGCGUGGUGCUAACCGCGGGAGGAGAGAUAAGGAGUCCGAGAUUGUGUACAUGACCGGCUUGGUUCUCACGCUCGGGAGGUUAUGCCUGGAUGACGAGGAUCUGGACUCUGCAAGAAUCAUAAUGCAGAAAGCUACCAACUAUAUCGAGCGACUACACAGCCUGGCCCAGGAAGACGGUCCAAACAAAAGCAGGAUUGCACUUGAAGCGGACUAUCUUGUUGUGAGGAUAGCUCUGUCGUGGAAAGAAAAUCGCCUUGGCGUGGCAGAGCAUAUAUUCAGCAAGGCAGAGCAACUCACAAAUACCCUUGAAAUCGCAUCGCUCGAAAUGAUGGCCGAUACUCUACGACACGUAGGCGCCGACUUGCACGCAAAGGGGGACCUACUCAUGGCGAUAAAAUGGCUCAAGAGAGCAUACAAUGCGUUGAAUUCCCGCCCAUUGGACCAUCUUUCGGUAGAAGGCCUUGAUACUCGCCUUUGUGUCUGUCAGAAUCUUGUGCUCAGUUUUCUGAAGUCUGGAUCACAGGAGCAUGUUUCCGAAGCGAAAGAUCUCGUCUCAUCUAUCGAAUCAGAGAUUGGAGAUAAGCCCAUUGUUUUACACUGGAAACUGGAAAUGCUUCAACAAUCUCCGCCAGAAUUGAUGGAUAUGGACAACUACGCGGGGAUAUUACGGCGUAUGAUUCGCGUACUUGAUUUUUCAGAGGAAGAGUUUCAGUUUGUCCUAUCCCAUAUUAAAAGGCUCCGCAAUAUGAACUCCAAAUUAGCCUGUGGCGUUCUUGAUGAUCUAUUAACACAUCGUGUUCUUCAGUCCAACAACUUAGCCUGGUUGGAUAAGGCACUUGUGACCCGCAUAUGGGUGAGCACAAUGGAAUCGGCCCCCUUUGGAGAUUCGUGGGACACAGGGUUGCUCGAGACUCUCGACAAGGUACACAAGUCCAGCCCAGAACCUCUCAGCCCCGAUGCUACAGGAGCAGCACAAUCACUACUGUGGAAAAAGAUCGAGGCUACGAUGAGCUGCCACCAGUACCAAUCGGCUGAUAAAUGGUGUCUGGUUGCUCUUCAUCCGAUAUUUUCAAAUUCUGGCCCUUCGAACCAAGCGAAAUUUGGACGAAAACGGAUUCUUUGUGCGAUUUCUUUGAAUAAGCCUGAAAAUGCAUACGAAACUUUCGGGGCAAUGCCAGCAAAGUCUCAGGAUGAUUGCCUGACCAGAUUCCUCAUGUUCAAGGCUUCUUUACUUGACUUCAACCAUGAUGUAGCACUGAAGUCCAUCGAAUAUCUAAGCCGCUGCGCAACUGAGGCAAAUGUUCAGGAAAUGCUUUACGCUUGUAUUCGGGAAUCUCAACAGGCUUACGACAAGCUGUGCACACUGACCGCUCUGCAGGCGGUUGCUGAGAACUGGUCUUCCGAGCAGGUGUCAGUUACAAGCCUCCCUUCAAUUCUGCGGUGCUGCGUCAGGCUUAUCGUGGUAAUUGAAAAGGAGAACGGAGCCGGCGAGUCUUCAAGCAUGUUUUCUGAUGACAUCUGCAAGAUCUUCGCGAUCGGGGCGACGCGUGCAAAGGCGGGCUCCUUGAGUGCGGACGGAAAGAAGGCAUUUUCUACAAUUGAACUUCACUGGUUUCGGAAGAACAGUUUCAACAUCGGUGUCAAAAACUGCUCCUCGUGGGACAUGCCGAAAGUCAUUAACGUUUUCUCCUCGUGUCUAGACUUCAUCAGUUGUUACCCCGACGACAUGCCCAAGGAAGACUACGAAGAGUUACAUGUGAUGUCCAUGCGUUGCCAUUUCAUCAUGGGAGCAGCCAAAGUUUCUAUAGCACGGACAGAAGAUCGGCUAGAUGAAAGGCUCCAAAAAUAUCUCGAGGUCAGGCGCCAUGCGGCAGCUUUCGAUCUUGAGCUGUGCAAGGAGGCAGUCGGGCGAGACGAGUCAACCAUUUUGGAUCUGUACCGGAAGCUGUCGACCCUGCUAGUCUUUGACUUUGAGGGAGCCAUAGCAUUGAAGAGCUGGGAUGACCUGGGUAAUAUCGUGAGGAAAGCCGAAAACUGCAGAGAUGAGACAACACUCAAAGCCAUGGGGGAUUGCCUCCUCAGAAGUGAGACCCCAAGUAAAGUCAUGUUCUCGACAAUGAGAUUGAUUGUCAAUGGUAUUUUUGUCUUGGAAAAUUUCGAUACACUGAGGCUUGCCAAGUACUUGCGGUGCAUCUUCCAGGUCAUCCUGCCUCUUGACGACACAUUGGCACUUCAGUUGCUAGAUGAGACUUCACAUAUCGCCAGAGAAGGUAGCCAAGUUGGUUCCUCUCUGCCUCCAACAGAUCUUGAAUGGCUCGUUGCCACGGCCUUCAAUCACGCCAUUGAUUUCUUCACCCGCGGCGAAGAGGAUCUCUGUCAGCGUUGGGCACUACGAGCCAUCGAGCUGGCUGGCGCCAUGGAGGACGAAGGACAAAUGGGAGAUCUCUUGCAAGGGAAACUCGCAAAACUCCCCUUCCAAUCGCGGCCUCAAGCAAACCCAGAGAGAUGA